AAUUCUAAGGCCCAAUUAAGGCCUCCAGAGCAGCCCAAUCUGAGAUCUCGAUAUAUUUUUUCCGGUAUAUGAAAAAAAAGUCCAAAAUCCAGCUCAAAAUUCAAAUCUUUCAAAAAUUUCUUACAGUUCGAGUCAAACAUAUACAAUAAUACAAACCACAAAUGUGUUCUCAAUCAAAUUCCUCCAAGUUUAUCUUCUUCUUCAAUCCAAGAAGAAAGUCUACGAAAAGUCUCCUCCUUUACUAAUGGGUUGUUUCAGCAGUAAACACCGGAAAACUCAAAACGACGGCGGCGGAGAAAGAUCAAUUCCGAUAAUUCCAGUUCAAACCCAUAUCGUUGAUCAAGUCCCCGAUCAUCGUAAACCUCAAAUCCCAUCACCAUCGAUACCCAUCUCAGUUCGAGAUCCAGAGACGAUUUUAGGUAAACCAUUCGAAGACAUCAGGAAAUUUUACAGCUUGGGGAGAGAAUUAGGUCGAGGUGGUUUAGGGAUUACGUAUAUGUGCAAAGAGAUUGGGACUGGGAACAUUUAUGCUUGCAAAUCGAUUCUCAAGAGGAAGCUAAUUAGUGAGCUGGGUAGAGAAGAUGUGAAGACAGAGAUUCAGAUCAUGCAGCAUUUGUCUGGACAACCAAACGUUGUUGAGAUCAAAGGUUCUUAUGAAGACAGACAUUCUGUACAUUUGGUAAUGGAAUUAUGUGCCGGUGGAGAGUUGUUUGAUAGGAUUAUAGCUCAAGGUCAUUACUCUGAGAGAGCUGCUGCUGGUACCAUUAAGUCAAUUGUGGAUGUUGUUCAGAUUUGUCAUUUGAAUGGUGUGAUUCAUCGAGAUCUCAAGCCUGAGAAUUUCUUGUUCUCGAGUAAGGAGGAGAAUGCAAUGCUUAAAGUAACCGAUUUCGGGUUGUCCGCGUUCAUCGAAGAAGGAAAAAUUUACAAGGAUGUGGUUGGGAGUCCUUACUACGUUGCUCCUGAAGUAUUAAGGCAGAGUUACGGAAAAGAAAUCGACAUUUGGAGUGCAGGUGUUAUUUUAUACAUCCUACUCUGCGGUGUACCUCCUUUUUGGGCCGACAAUGAAGAAGGAGUAUUCGUUGAAAUUCUAAAAUGCAAAAUUGAUUUUGUACGUGAGCCAUGGCCUUCUAUAUCUGACAGCGCGAAAGAUCUUGUUGAGAAGAUGCUAACCGAAGACCCUAAGAGACGAAUCACUGCUGCACAAGUUCUUGAACAUCCUUGGAUCAAAGGGGGAGAAGCACCGGAAAAGCCUAUUGAUAGCACUGUGUUAUCACGUAUGAAGCAAUUCCGAGCAAUGAACAAGCUUAAGAAGCUAGCCCUAAAGGUUAGCGCGGUGAGUCUAUCCGAAGAAGAGAUCAAAGGUCUUAAAACCUUGUUUGCGAAUAUGGAUACCAAUAGAAGCGGGACAAUCACUUAUGAACAACUCCAAACUGGGCUAAGUAGACUUAGAUCUAGACUCUCUGAAACUGAAGUUCAGCAACUCGUUGAAGCGUCUGAUGUGGAUGGUAAUGGAACAAUUGACUACUAUGAGUUUAUCUCUGCGACAAUGCAUAGAUACAAAUUACAUCACGAUGAGCACGUACACAAAGCAUUCCAACACUUAGAUAAAGACAAAAAUGGGCACAUAACUAGGGAUGAGUUGGAAAGUGCCAUGAAGGAAUAUGGAAUGGGAGAUGAAGCUAGCAUCAAAGAAGUUAUAUCCGAAGUUGACACCGACAAUGAUGGAAAAAUAAACUUUGAGGAAUUUCGUGCGAUGAUGAGAUGUGGCACCACACAACCAAAAGGGAAACAGUAUCCAUUCCACUGACCAAGACUACAUAGAUCCAACGGAAAGUAAUUCUUAAACAUGGAAAACUCAAAACGACGGUGGCAAAAGAUGAAUCAACCAAGCCAUCAACAGAUUUUCAACACCGUCUACAAACCCAAUCUCAGUUCGAGAUAUAUCAAUGGGAGAUAUAUCGAAUGGUUACAAAACUGGACAAGUAUGUGCACAAUACAGCCUUCGAAUUCAGUCCUUCUCGCAAUGAAAGUCAAUAUCUUGGAGUAGAUGAUGACUGAGAAUUGGUGGACAUUUUUAGGCUUUAUCUCCAGUGGAAAUCAUGAGAGAGGUUGCGUUAGGUAAAAUUGAUAAUAUGUCGAGACAGAUAGCAAUCAUGAGACUUUGUGAUCACACUGCUUAGAAAGGGGAGAUAAGUGUUUUAGAGAUUAGAGAAAUCCAGCCGUUGUUCAUCUUUGGCCUUGCAGAAAUAGGAGUUCCAGUGAACACAUUCAAGCAAAACAAUGUUCAGGAAGAUGGUUUAUAUCUUCCAGUGCUUAACAAUGCGGCUUGAUGAUAAAGAUUGCCGUUUAUAAUCUUCUUCCAGAGAUUUACAGAAACCUAGACUCACCAAGAGACUCGUUGGAAGAUAACAAUUGAUGGGUCUUGGCACUUACGGGUGCGUUCUGUGCAGCAAUUAAUUUGAGAUAGAUCUCAAGUCACGCUGGAUACUUUAUGGAGAUUGCAUAUAAGAUGAUAGAUGAAUACUUUAUCCGAAGCUUUUUGUGAAUUUCGCAUCUGAUUUCUAUGAAAUCGAUCUUCUGGAAUGAGGUAAAAAAACAUCUCAAUCCGAUCAUGUGGUUUGCUAAUUCUGUCGAGAGUUUCUCUUUUCCAUUGGUCGAAAUCGAUAAGAUUGAAUGGUAGAAUAUAACAUAUUUGUGUGUUUUUCGAUUGAAUAGUCUAACAAGGAUUCUUGAUUUGGUUUUAGGAUGAUGGAUUCAUGAAAGUUUUCUAGGUAAGAGAUUUCAAUCUCUUUGCGAAUUUUAAGGAGAUUCAGGUAAAAGAGAUUGAUUUGAAAUGUUGUUGCAUUAUUCCAUGUUCUAUUGACUCCAAAUCGUUAGUCAAUUGCCUAUUGAGUUGUUUAGGGAUACAUUGUAGAAGAAACUAGGACACCUAUGACUGGCUUUACAUUUUUGGUGCUUUCCAUUGUGCAGCUUGCAUGGUAUUAAAUCCCUCAAGGUAUGCAUUCUUUGUACUAUUCUCCAAUCUCUUAAGAGAAUCUUAUUGAUUUGAUGCACUUUAUGUUAUAUGCUUCUGAUUUGCCUUUUUCCUGCGUUUGUCAAAUACUCAAAAUAUACAGAAAUGAUCUGAAAAGUCAAAGGAAUUUGAAUUUGAGUAGUUGUUAACUUAGUAAUAACUUUAUCUUGCAUCUACAUUUUCUCAACAUCCUUAGGAACCCUUUGAGCAUCAAAAACUUUAUUACGACUCUAAUGUACUAUCCUGAUGGGAUGAAUAUAGAGAUAAAUCUGAGAUUCUGAGGAUCUGAGAAACAGAUGUAGACCUGAAGAAGAUGACUUUGGCGAUAUUGUCCAACUUCUAUAUGUGUUUUAUUCUUUCAGUUUAUAGCCAUCAUUCCUCAUAUGUACUUUAUUGAUGCAAUCUAUACCUGAAAUCUUCUUUUCAGUUUGACGAGCACCAGAUGACCAAGAUAAAAAAAAUGAGCAGAGGAAUUACGGGUAGAGUCAGAGAGUUGCAUUAGGCAAGUGCUUACACUUUGUCUACGUUCUUGAAUCAGUAAACGAUCUUGCUCAAGUCAUGAUGGAUCUUUCUGCACUUGUGAUAGAUCAGGGAAACUGGGACUUCGAGCAAGUCAGCUUAUAAAGACUUCGUGAAGUGGCUUUGAAUACAACAGUUCCACAUAUCAAGGACAAAGUUAUGCUUUAUGUAAAAUUAGUAUAUUCAAACAAUAUAAAUAUCAUCAUUUCGGUCGAUUGUCUUUCUAAUUUAGGUAAAAGAUUUCUUUUGUUGACAGCAAAUUUUAUUUAGAUUUGAUAAAAACAAAUUAUAUAAAAAUUUAGUAGAAAU